AUGUUGGUACAAAGAGCAGGAGGAGCCUUGGUAAAAUUAGGCAGCAAAUUGCCUUAUGUAGGAGGCAUUAUUAGUUUUUUUGGAGGAGGUGAAAAAGAAGCACGCUUUAUUAAAUCAACAAUACAUCAUUUUAUGCAUCGGGAUUUAAAUUUUAACAAACAAAUUAAUCAUUUGACUUCCCGAUUUGAAACACAAUAA